AUGUCGUCCCCCAAACAAAGCAUAGCAGACGAAAAGUCCUCCCCCUUGCCCGCCAGCAACAAGCCCUUCAUCGACUUCGAUGCCGGCGAGACCGUCACCGUCGCGGACAAGGGGGUCGUACCGGCGACGACGACAUCCUUGCACGACGCCGACGAGGCCCUCGCCUUUUUGCAAAAUCACCCGCGUGCGGCGGAGAUCGCAGCCGAAGGGAGGGCGAUGCUGGAGGAUGAUCGGGCGCGCAAGAGACUGCUGCGGAAGAUCGACUGGACCAUCACGCCGCUGCUGGCGGGGACGUACUUCCUGCAGUUUUUAGACAAGAACACUUUGAGCUAUACGAGCGUCAUGGGGCUGAGGGAGGAUACAGGGCUGAAGGGGCAGCAGUACAGUCAUGUGAGCAUGCUGUUCUAUAUUGGCUUCCUCGCCACCGAAUUCCCCACGCAGUAUCUCGCCCAACGCGUGUCGCGCCUCGGCCUCUACCUCGGGGCCAACAUCGUGCUGUGGGGCAUCGUGCUGUGCUGCCACGCGGGCACGUCGUCGUUCGCCGGGCUGGCCGUGUGCCGCACGCUGCUCGGCGUCUUCGAGGCGUGCGUGGCGCCCAUCCUCGUGCUGAUCAUCGCCAUGUGGUACCGCAAGGAGGAGCAGGGCACGCGCGUCUCGUGGUUCUACGUCUGCAACUCCGUCACCAAGAUCUUCGGCGGCCUGGUCGCGUACGGCAUCAGCUUUGCCGAGGGCGAGACCGCGUUUGCCACCUGGCGCAUCUUCUUCUUGGCCAUUGGCGUGCUGACCAUGGGCGUCGGCGUGCUGGUGUGCGUUUUCCUGCCGGAUUCGCCGGUGAAGGCGAAGAGGUUCAGCGAUGCGGAGAAGGUGGCGGCGUUGAUGAGGGUGAAGGAGAAUCAGAGUGGAACUCAGAACAGACACGUCAAGAAGGACCAAAUCAUCGAGGCCUUCCGUGACCUUCGUGUGUGGCUCAUCUUCCUCAGCGUCAUGCUCUCGUCCAUCCCGAACGGUGGCAUCUCUAAUUUCAACAACAUCCUGUUGACGACUUUCGGCUACACCGACCAGCAAGCCCUCAUCCUCGACGCCCCCAACGGCGCCAUCAGCAUCGUCUUCGUCCUCGGCGCGGGCCACCUCUCGGACCGGUGGAACGACCGGUCGACGGUGAUGCUGCUCUGCCUCGUGCCGACCAUCCUCGCCGCGGCGCUGAUGUACGGCUUCGUCGACGCGGCGGGCGCGCCGCACAACCGGCCGGCGCUGCUCGCGGCGUCGUUCCUCAGCGGCACCUUCGGCGCCGGCUUCAUGAUCAACCUCGCGUGGAACGCGUCCAACGUCGCGGGCCACAGCAAGAAGGUGACGGUGAACGCGCUGACGCUGGUGGCGUUUUGCACCGGCAACGUGCUCGGCACGCAGACGUUCAGGAGCGACGAGGCGCCCGGGUAUGCGAGCGGGAAGAUUAGCAUCAUGGCGUGCUUGGCGGCGAGCUGUGUGGUCGUGGUCGUGCUGAGGGUGUAUAACGGGUGGUUGAACAAGGGGAAGGAGGAGGUGUUGGCGGCCAUGGGGGACCGGGAGCGGGAGGCGUUGAGGGAGAGGAUGGCGUUUGCGGAUGAGACGGAUAGGAAAAAUCCGUUUUUCAGAUACACGCAUUAG